GCUCAGGCGCGGGCCGAGCGCUCGGGGCACUCUCGGCGGUCCCGGCCGCUCGCCGUCGCCGCGCGGAUAUUCGCGCGGAGAUUCCCGCGGAGCCGCGCGCGCCCCCGGCCGGGCUGAGCUCCCAGACCGUGAGGAGAGCCGCAGGAGCCGGCGGGGACGCAAUGCGAGCCAGCAUCUGCCUUCUGUGGACGGGAGGCCAGGUCCUGGGACUUGCACUCUGACGUCAGGAAGCGGGUGGCCUGUCGGAGGAAGAAGCUCAUUGCCAAGUUGACCCCAUCCCGCGGCAUGGUUGCCUGAGAAGAGCUUCGGCAGGCGCCGGGGGUACCUGGAGGAAGAGCAAUGAAACCUUAGCCGCCCCCCGGGAAGAUAGUUCGAGAUGGCAGCUCAGCGGAUCCGAGCUGCCAACUCCAGCGGUCUCCCUCGGUGCAAGUCCGAGGGGACCCUGAUUGACCUGAGUGAAGGGUUUUCAGAAGCGAGCUUUAAUGAUGUCAAAGUGCCUUCUCCCAGUGCCUUGCUAGUAGACAAUCCCACACCUUUUGGAAACGCAAAGGAAGUCAUCGCAAUCAAGGACUACUGCCCCACCAACUUCACCACGCUGAAGUUCUCCAAGGGGGACCACCUCUACGUCCUGGACACGUCCGGCGGGGAGUGGUGGUAUGCUCACAACACCACGGAGAUGGGCUACAUCCCCUCCUCCUACGUGCAGCCCCUAAACUACCGGAACUCCACUCUGAGCGACAGCGGGGUGAUCGACAAUCUUCCAGACAGCCCAGACGAGGUGGCCAAGGAGCUAGACCUGCUCGGGGGGUGGACGGAUGACAAGGGGUCCAGCAAAACCUAUAGUAAUAACCCUUUCUGGAACGGGGUCCAGACAAACCCAUUUCUGAACGGGAAUGUGCCGGCGACGCCUGGUGUGGACGGGCUGACCCCCAGAAGCACCGUGGAUCUGCUGCUUUUUGAUCCAGGCGUGUCCUCGUUCACGGAGUCCAGCUCCGCCACCACCAACAGCACUGGGAACAUCUUCGACGAGCUGCCAGCCGCAAACCGCGUCCAGGCAGAGGCGCCCGGCAAGCGGGACAAUCCGUUCUUCAGGAGCAAGCGCUCCUACAGCCUCUCAGAGCUGUCGGUCCUGCAGGCCAAGUCGGAUGCCCCCGACUCAGCAGGGUUCUUCACGGGCCUGAAGUCCCCGGCCCCAGAGCAGUUCCAGAGCCGGGAGGACUUCCGAGCCGCCUGGCUGAGCCACCGGAAGCUGGCUCGCUCCUGCCACGAUCUGGACUUGCUGGGCCAGAGCCCUGGCUGGGGCCAGACCCAGGCGCUGGAGACGAGCAUCGCCUGCAAGCUGGACAGCUCUGGGGGCGCCGUGCAGCUGCCCGACACCAACAUCAGCAUCCACGUGCCUGAAGGCCACGUGGCCCCUGGCGAGACGCAGCAGAUCGCCAUGAAAGCGCUGCUGGACCCCCCGCUGGAGCUCAACAGUGACCGUUGCAGCAGCGUCAGCCCGGUGCUGGAGGUGAAGCUGAGCACCCUGGAGGUGAGAACCCACAUCAUCCUGGAGAUGAAAGUGUCGGCCGAGGUGAAAAAUGACAUUUUCAGCAAAAGCACGGUGGGACUCCAGUGCCUACGGAGCGACUUGAAGGAAGGGCCCUAUGUCCCCAUCCCCCUCACCUACAGCUACGGGGACACGGUCCAGGUCCAGCUGGACAACCUGGAGCCCUGCAUGUACCUGGCCAUCGUUGCCCACGGCCCAAACAUUCUCUACCCUUCCACGGUGUGGGACUUCAUCAAUAAAAAGAUCACUGUGGGGCUCUAUGGCCCCAAACACAUUCACCCAUCCUUCAAGACCGUGGUGACCCUUUUCGGGCAUGACUGUGCCCCAAAGACGCUGAUGGUCAGUGAGGUCACCCGCCAGGCCCCCUGCCCUGCCCCCGUGGCCCUGCAGCUCUGGGGUAAACACCAGUUCGUCCUGUCCAGGCCCCAGGACCUGCACGUCUGCAUGUUUUCCAACAUGACCAAUUACGAGGUCAAGGGCAGUGAGCAGGCCAGAGUGGUCAGGGGAUUCCAGAUGAAGCUGGGCAAGGUGAGCCGCCUCAUCUUCCCCGUCACCUGCCAGAAUGCCAGCGAGCUGUCCGACUUCACCCUACGGGUCCAGGUGAAAGGCGACCAGGAGGCCAUCCUGACCCAGUUUUGCGUCCAGACCCCCCAGCCACCCCCUAAAAGUGCCAUCAAGCCAUCCGGGCAGAGGCGGUUCCUCAAGAAGAACGAGGUCGGGAAAAUCAUCUUGUCCCCGUUUGCUGCCACCACCAAAUACCCAACGUUUCAGGACCGCCCGGUGUCCAGCCUCAAGUUCGGCAAACUGCUGAAGACCGUGGUGCGGCAGAGCAAGAACCACUACCUGCUGGAGUAUAAGAAGGGCGACGCCAUCGCCCUGCUCAGCGAGGAGAAGAUCCGGCUGAAGGGGCAGCUGUGGACCAAGGAGUGGUACAUCGGCUAUCACCAGGGCAAGGUCGGCCUGGUGCACGCCAAGAACGUGCUGGUGGUGGGCAGGGCCAGGCCGAGCCUCCUCUCGGGGCCCGAGCUGAGCACGUCGGUGCUGCUGGAGCAGAUCCUGCGGCCCUGUAAGUUCCUCACCUACAUCUACGCCUCCGUCAGGACCCUGCUCAUGGAGAACAUCAGCAGCUGGCGCUCCUUCGCCGACGCCCUGGGCUACGGGAACCUGCCGCUCACCUUCUUCUGCCGCGCGGAGCUGGACAGCGAGCCCGAGCGCGUGGCGUCGGUUCUGGAGAAGCUGAAGGAGGACUGUAACAACGCGGAGAACAAAGACCGCAAAUCCUUCCAGAAGGAGCUCAUGAUGGCCUUACUGAAAAUGGACUGCCAGGGCCUGGUGGUCAGACUCAUCCAGGACUUCGUGCUCCUGACCACGGCGGUCGAGGUGGCGCAGCGCUGGAGGGAGCUGGCCGAGAAGCUCGCCAAGGUGUCCAAGCAGCAGAUGGACGCGUACGAGUCUCCGCACCGGGACAGGAACGGGGUCGUGGAUAGCGAGGCCAUGUGGAAACCCGCCUAUGACUUUUUAUUAACCUGGAGCCACCAGAUCGGGGACAGCUACCGGGACGUCAUCCAGGAGCUCCACAUAGGUCUGGACAAGAUGAAAAACCCCAUCACCAAGCGCUGGAAACACCUCACUGGGACUCUGAUCCUGGUGAACUCCCUGGACAUUCUGAGAGCAGCUGCCUUCAGUCCCGUGGACCACGAUGACUUUGUGAUUUGAGUGGGUUUCCUCACCCCCACUGCUGCUCUGGGCACUGCACCGUCAGUCUGUCCUGGAUGCCCACGCCGUCACGUGGAGCUGGGGAGGGAGAAAGGGCCAGCUGCUCAGACGCAUCUGGGGGUCCCUCUAGGGCUGGGCCCACACCCAAGGACCAAGCACACAGCAAUGCUCCACCGCCCUCCUCCAUCGCUGCUGGGGGCCGGGUGGGGGCGCCUAAGGGAAUUUCUACUGCAGGUCAUUGCCAAUCACAUAGCUUUCUACUUGUUAGGUAUAAAUUUAAAUUGAAAACUCCUUUUUUUAAAGUUUAGGGGGAGGCAGUUGAGAAAGGUGGUAUCUCAUUUUUUUAAAGGACCAUAAAGGUUUUUUUAAAAAAAAAAAACACCUUAAUAGGAGAGGAUGCUGUUGAGGUUUUUAUGUUCUAUAAAGACCUUUUUAAAUUAUGUCACAGAUGUAUAUAUGUAUUUAAAGGUCACUGGGGACAUUUGUGAUUCCCAGCCACACUUAGCACGUGGAGAGACGCUUAUUCAAGUGUUGGACCCCUUUUGCUCUCUACUUGUAAAAAAGGGUAAAUCAAAUAGGAAUGUGGUUUUCUGUUGAUGAGUCCAGCGCUUGCCCAUCCUUUCCAAGAGUGUCCUAGGUCCUGCUGUCCCCUCUCGACUUGAUUCUCUUCUGUCUCUUUGCCUCGUGUUACAGGAAAUGAUCAGUAGACCUUCUUCGAGCUUUAGUGGGACCUGAGCCAGCAGGUGCCCAUGAGAUGAGAAGGCAGCUGGGAGCUGGUAUUCGUCCUGGCCCCCACCUGCAUGCAGUCCUUCAAGAGAAUGGUGCCAUUGGCCGUGUGGGGGUUCCUGCAGCCGUUGGGCCCCGCAGCGAUCAGCCACCGCUGUCCUGUUUCUCCUUGGGGGCGGGGGAAGGGAGCCCUGCGCCAGCGUGUGCACAGAGGGGCCGGCUGCCACUAGCCAACUCCACUUUAUUCAUUACAAAGUCAGUCCCUGUUCCUUCCUGGAACCACCCCUGUGGCCUAGGAAAUAACAUAGGGGACACCGACUUUUUUCUGUCCAAGAGAAAGAUGAAUAGGCUCCAAGCAGGAUGAACGUUUUCCAGAAAGGAUACUUUCCCACCGAAAGUCAGGGACUCAGAGCGUUGCACGGAUACCCUUUACUGUUGCCGAUCAGAGUGGUUGUGCGUGGGCACACGGAGCAGGGCUCCGCCAUCCUGCUCUGGUGGUGGCAGCUUGGGAGGGGGGGACGGGGCAGGACUACGGGGGAGGAACUACCUGGCAGAUCGAGAGGGAUGAUUCCGGGUACGUGCUAGGACACGCAGCCUGCUUGUGUGGCUUGAUGGUGGGCCACUUGGGAUUCCUGGACCUCAUUCUCUAUAUCUACUGUCUUGAGAUGUGUUAUGUUAAUUACCUAGUGUAAUCACUGGGUGAUCCCUAUUGGGCUAAAACAUUCUUAUGUAUCUGCUGAUUCAGAUCCUGAAGAUCAUCUGGCUAGGAACACACAGAAAAACACUAGGUUUCUUAAUGCUGCAAGAACCAGGACACGCGAUUCCCCAAUCAUCCCACGAAGUCACCGUAAACUCCGCUUCUCUCUUCCACCAUCAUUCUUUAAGAGGUAUCUCUCGCCUUCUCCCCAAAGAAGAAGCAAAACCAGUCGCACCUUAAACCGUGGAUGUUUUUCCUCAGGGGCUUUAAAUAGUUUCCUAUGCAACAUGUCUUGUAGCACAAAAAUUAAAUUCUACAAAAGUUGCAGUAAAUUUUAUUUGGAUAUUUUAACCUAUUGUGUGUGUGUGUGUGCGUGCGUGCGUGUUUUUCUGUACACAACCAAACUUGAAAUAAAACAAUAAAACCUUGUGAAAGCAUCUGUGCAUAACGGCUCCUUCCCAAAGAGCCGUCCCUCGAGGACAGUAUGACCGUUGGUUCAGCAGAUGACUUUUAUAUUUUUACCGAAUAUUCUGUAGUCUGGUCCAGGAAGCUCGGUUAAAAUCUCUAGUUCUCCAGAUGCCUGGGUGACUCAGUCAGUUAAGCAUCCAACUCUUGACUUUAGCUCAGAUCUACUUCACAGUCCUGAGUUCAGGCCCGGUGUUGGGCUCCCUGCUGGGCAUGGACCCUACUUAAAAUUAAAAAGAAAAAAAAAUCUCCAGUUCAUUAUUAAUGUUAAUUUUGAUAUUCAAAGUAGUAGUCCUUUGCUUAUAAAAUUACGGUGUUGGCAGGUGUUUUUAAAGACCAAAUAGUCAGGAAAAGGAUUUGGUUAAAAAAAAAUUUUUUUUCCCCUAAGAAGACGACAUUUUGUCCAUAAUUCCUGCCUCGGUCCUCACUUGACUGUCCUACCAUGUCACAUGGGACGGGAGCCAAAUCGCUUGUGAUCACCAAGCUCCCCACGCCCUCUGUCACCUGGUCUGGCAGCCAAGCCCAGGCUCGGUCCUGGGACAGCCUUCCCCACAAGUGGUCACCAGAUCCCAGCACCCUGUAGUCUCCCGUGCAUUUCUACUGCCACAGCGGGACCUCAGUCUUUGCCUUCUCUCCCUUUGCUCUCCUUACUACUCAUUACUCAACAGCCUCCCCGCCACCUGGCCACUCCGCUCCUGCUUCCUGCUGUAUGGUCUGCUCCUGGCUCACACUCAGGCUUUGGCUGCGCCUCCCGAGAACGUUCAGCAGCAGAGCUGCUCCCUGGACCAUCCCCCACAGUCCUACCUCCUUGCCUUUGAGCUGUUACCCACGCUAGAACACCUCUCCUCCUCCAUCAGCCACACUGAGCUCCUUGAGGUCAUGGAGCAUCUGAGCGCGUUACUGAACCCCCAGAGCCUGGUGCCACGAACAUAUUGUGGGAGGGAAUUGACUGUGACUGAUAGAAACGGUCUUUCAACGCAGAUAGCUUGGCUAUUUAGGGGAGGCUUCGUACUGGGUUUACAACCAGUGUAAGACCUAUUUGGCCAGUGAUCAGGGCAUCGGAUCCAGCAGUUUGUGAAGUGUUCGAAGGGGGAGAACAUGGUAGGGAUGGAACUCAAGUGUACACCAAAAGCAAUUAAUUUCCCUAAUAGCUCAUUUCUGGCCAUGAGGGAAACGCUGUCAGUUUGGUCCAUGAUUUAUGCUAUAAUAAAAUUCAAUUUUAUGUAAAAGAGA